CGAAGCCCAGGCUGGACGGUGCCAAAGCUCCGCGGAGAGCCAUGUGGAAAAGGGAGAAGAAAAGGAUCCACCAGCAUCCCGCCAACACCCAGGCCUGCGAAGGAGCCGCUGGAGGCCUCGCCUUCCUGAGUUCGGCCCCCGAGCCCUUCCAGGGGACGGGGCUCCAGUGUGACCUCGUGUUCGAAGAAAUGGGCCGGCGGAUCCAAGAAGCCGGGGGCCGGCUGGUGGGGAAAGUGAACGCGGUAUUUCAGCUGGACAUCACGGACGGCGGGAAGACGGCAGUGCAGUGGACGGUCGACUUGAAGAACGGCUCAGGGGAGGUGUACCCCGGCUCCGCCCGGAGCCCGGCUGACACCGUCUUCACCAUUCCUCACCACAUCUUCAUGGAGCUGGUCCUGGGCAAGGUCAGCCCGCAGUGGGCUUUCUUGGCCGGCAAACUGAAAGUGAGCGGCAAAGUCCGGCUGGGCCAGAAGUUAGAGAAGAUCUUCAGGGACUGCGCCGGGCUCUAAACUGGGUGAGGCCCAGGAUGGAGACAUCUCUCCCACACGGAAGGGCGGAAGCAACGCUCGCACCGAAGAUUAAAAAAAAAAUUUAUCCGAUAUUUUUACUCAAAUUCUUCCUACUUUGAAUCCCGAUUCGUAGCCCGGCCGAUCUGUGAUCGGCCGCCGACGAUGCCAGUGCAGUAAAGUGGC